AUGCAGUUCAUGAGCCAAUCUACGGGCUGGUUUGACAAUAUCGUUCUGGCAAUGGCACCGCUGGGUAUCAUCACUACCAUCGUCGGGGCUAUCAGAGUCGGGGGCCCCUCGUGGCUCAAAGCCCUCAUUGGAAGAGCAAGGGAGAGCCGUGCUGUUGUCGAGGCUGAACUGAUGUCUUCCACGUCGCAUGAGGUGUGCGAGCUUUGGAACGGGCAGCAGGUUGUCAGGGUAAUGGGGAAAGGACCAAUUCGGGAGUUCAUUAUCCUGCUGCCCGAGGACGAGCCAGCCAACCGAGGGAUGAUGCAACGUCUUAGAGAAUGGUUUGCUCAGCCAGCAGAAGGGAGAGACGACUCGCUCGGCGAUCUGUCAGGAGCCAAACAAGAGAUCACCAAGGUGAUAUUGAAAGAAGACGAGAAACAAGUGCAUCUUCAGGAACGAAGUAAGUCAACCUGCCCACCGUUUAUCGCUCUAAUCAUCUUACCUUCCCAUCAGAACCCACCAUUCGAGAACGCUCUCUCCGACCGUUCGGUCUUCGUUCUUCGGAACACAGCCGCCCAAGCACCGAACCUCACUCUCAAUGUUCACAACCAGCUUAGCAGAGGAGAGCUCUACGUGGUUGCAUUGUUUGGUAUCAUUCUCCAGCUUGGGGUUCUUGCCUACUCUACUUGCAUCACUUAUUUACCCGCGUUCACGCUCCUCAAGGAUGGAAAUCCCGUCGCCCGCUACGCCUAUCCCUGUACCGCCGUUGGCACGCUGCUCCUGGUAGUUGGCGUACUCGUUUGUUCUCACGUUGUCGAGAACAGCACGGAGGAAGCGACCUACUUUCCAGGGCCUUCGAAAAAGGCUCGCGUUAUCUGGCUGCAAAGAUCUGGCACCGUCAGCGACCAGGCCUUUGAGUCCUUCGCCAUCUUCCCUCAGGAAGCGCAGGUCCUAGUCAGGACGUCCCAGCGCGCACCAGAGCCGGGCCAACGGGAGACCUCGAAAAAGGACUCGGCCAAUCCUGUUUCCGGGUACUUGACGUCUGAGAAUGUCAAAACUGUCGGCGGCACGGGUAUCGGUAUCUGCGGCUUCAUCGUGCAGUUUACCGGUCUGCGCGGCAUGCACUGGUCAGCCUCGGUUGCGCAGCUUGGUGCCACUGUCCUCAUGACCAUCCUCAGGGCGUGGGUCCGCCGGGACCUCGCUGAACUCCCAAGGGCCCUCCCGAUCGUUUCUAGGCAUGAGCUAGAUUGGCUGGCAAUGACCUUUGGGGGGAAACCCGCGAAAGCGCCUUGGCGACAGCCGCCUGGGGACGACGGAAAGUGGGAUAAAGAUUGUAGGCCUUGGGCGGAUGACGAGGGUUGGGACUGGAAAACCAUCGCAAUUCAAGAUCCAGCGGAACUUGAGGAGCUGCAACCGUACCUCAAGGAAAGAGGGAUCUCGGCAAGCUCGCGGACUGGCAUGGGCCUGCGUCCGCCGAGGCCAUUAUGCUCGCCAGGGCAAUCGAGAUCGCAAUGGACGCUCUCCUUGGUAACCUCUCCGGGAACUUCACGUGGCCUGUGA